AUGUUACAUGAAUUUCAAAUAAAUCUUGGUCUUUCGCAACGGUCUAUUAGUAAAAUCUGUGAUACGCGAUGGAUAUGCAGAUAUAAAACCUGCAAUGCUAUAAAAACAAAUUUUAAAGCAAUAGUUAAGGCAUUACGAUUUGAAAUUAAUGAGACAUCAGAUAAAGAUGUUACUCAAGCUAUAGGUAUAUUAAGCUCAAUUGAAAAAGCAUCAUUUGUAAUUCAUAUGUUUAUACUGAAUGAUGUUUUAAAUAUAAUAAAUAUUCUGAGUAAUCAACUACAGAAAAAGACAGAAACAUUGGGUAAUGCCGCUAAUUUGAUUAAUGGAGUUAUCACAACCUUUGAAAAAAAUAGAUCUUGUGAUUAUUUCUCAAUAUUAUGGCAACAAAUAGAAGUAUUUUCCAACGAUAAUGAUAUAUCACUAAAUGUUCCCUCUAAAGGUUCUAAACGUACAAGAAAACAGCCAAAUAGGUAUGAGCACUUUGUGGUGUUAGAGAUAACUGGAGAAGAAAAUGAAGGAGAGUGUAACAUCGAAACAGAAGAAGAAUACUGGCGAGGAGUGGCUUACUACAGAAUUAUCGACACGUUAAUUAUUAAUCUUAAAAGCAGAUUUUCAACCGAAAGCUUAUUAUUAGCCACUUCGUUAGAUAGUUUUCUCAAAAUGGAUUCAAAAAACAGUGAAUAUUUUAUUAAUCAAUAUCUGUCAAUUUUAAAUGUCAAUCAAGAAGAUUUAAAGGCGGAGAUGCUCGUUGCUAAAAAUUGUGCAUUAAAUUUAAAUAAUGAUUUUGAAUUAGACACCAUCAAAGAAAUUGUGAAGAAGAAUACAUUUCCAAACAUAUACAAGCUGUUUCAAGUAGCUCUAACCAUUCCGAUAGGUUCGGCAACAUGCGAGCGAUCCUUCUCAUGUAUGAGACGCAUUAAAAAUUGGUUGAGAACAUCAAUGGUGCAAGAUCGAUUUUCAAAUUUAGCCAUUUUAAAUAUUGAGAGAGAUAUGUCAAAUAAUAUAAACAAUAAUGACAUACUGGAAAAAUAUAAUAAAAUAAAAAACCGACGAAUGUAG